GCAACCUAUUCAUUAUGUCACACACUAGUCACUAUGUCAUUUUGGCGCCAAAAGCUAAGCAAAUGUCACAUUGUUUUGUUACGCAGCCAAACAGACUAAAAGUUAAAAAUUAAAAAGUGCUUUGUUUAUUAAUUAAGUUUAGCACUAAUAUAAUUUCAUUUACAAAAUGGAAGAAGGUGAUUUUGAUCAACGUUUAAGAGAUUUACAGAGAGAAUAUCUCGAAUUUUUGGACGAUGAGGAAGAUCAAGGAAUUUAUAUGGAAAAAGUGAAGCAAAUGAUAGCUGAUAAGUCGCAGCGCUUAGUUGUAAGCGUAAAUGAUUUGCGACGUAAGAAUCCGGAGCGUGCUCGUAAUUUGCUUGACAAUGCAUUUGAAGAACAGAUAGCGUUUCAAAAAGCUCUGAAAGAAUACGUCUCCUCUAUAGACCCUACAUACGCGAAGAUUCAAGAGGAAUUCUUCGUCGCGUUCAAUGGUAGUUUUGGAAACAAACAUGUUACACCUAGGAGUUUGACGUCAAGGUACCUGGGUAACUUAAUAUGUGUGGAAGGUAUUGUGACCAGGGUGUCUCUUGUGCGCCCUAAGGUAGUGCGCAGUGUGCACUACUGCCCGGCCACAAAGAAGGUUAUGGAGAGGAAAUAUACUGACCUGACUUCUUUUGAAGCCUUCCCUACUUCAGCUAUCUACCCCACUAAGGAUGAUGAAGGCAAUCCCUUGGAGACAGAGUAUGGUCUCUCCCGCUACAAGGAUCACCAAACCCUGACAGUCCAGGAGAUGCCUGAGCGGGCACCAGCAGGCCAGCUGCCCAGGAGUGUGGAUAUCAUUUGUGAUGAUGACUUGGUAGACAAGUGCAAGCCUGGAGACAGAGUGCAGAUUGUAGGCAACUACCGCUGUUUGCCUAACAAGCAGGGUAGUUUCACUGCUGGUACUUUCAGGACAAUUCUAAUAGCAAACAAUGUAACACAAAUCAACAAGGAUAUGAACAUGAAUAUUACCUUAGAGGAUGUGAAGCUCUGCAAGAGGUUAGCCAAGCGUGGUAAUACGGACAUGUUUGAGUUACUGUCCAAGUCACUAGCUCCGUCUAUUCAUGGACACGAUUAUAUUAAGAAGGCUAUACUCUGCUUACUGCUGGGUGGAAUGGAGAAAGUCCUGCCUAAUGGCACUAGACUUCGAGGUGACAUCAACAUUCUUCUAAUCGGAGACCCGUCGGUCGCAAAGUCCCAGUUACUUCGAUACGUGCUGCAGACGGCGCCCCGUGCCAUUACCACUACUGGUCGAGGGUCUUCUGGAGUAGGUCUCACUGCUGCAGUCACCACUGACCCAGAGACUGGAGACCGCAGACUGGAAGCAGGCGCCAUGGUGUUAGCGGACCGAGGCGUCGUGUGUAUCGACGAGUUCGACAAGAUGUCGGACAUAGACCGCACGGCCAUCCACGAGGUGAUGGAGCAGGGCCGCGUCACCAUCGCCAAGGCGGGAGUACACGCCACGCUCAACGCGCGCUGCUCCGUGCUCGCCGCCGCUAACCCAGUCUAUGGAAGGUACGACCAGUACAAGACGCCCAUGGAGAACAUAGGUCUGCAAGACUCGCUGCUCUCGCGUUUCGAUUUACUGUUCGUGAUGCUGGACAUUGCGGACGCAGACCAUGACAAUAUGAUAUCUGAACACGUGCUUAGGAUGCAUAGAUACAGGAACCCCAAAGAACAAGAUGGUGAAGUACUACCAAUGGGCUCCACAGUAGAGAUGCUUUCUACUGAAAAUCCAGAUAAUGAUGAAGCUGAGGAAACAAAUGCAUCGAUAUACGAGAAAUACGAUCCUCUAUUACACGGAAACACUCGUAGCAAGAAGGAGCAGUACCUGAACACAAAGUUUAUGCGCAAGUUCAUACACAUCUCGCGGCUAAUGAAGCCCAAGCUCACGCAGGAAGCGUCUGACGCCAUCGCUGAUGAAUACGCCCGGCUCAGGAACCAGGAUAUGAUGGACAGCGAUGUGGCAAGGACGCAACCGGUAACAGCCCGUACCCUGGAGACGUUGAUCCGUCUGUCGACAGCGCACGCCAAGUGUCGCCUCAGCUCACAGAUCACGCAGGAUGACGCGCACGCCGCCAUCGAACUGGUGCAGUUUGCGUACUUCAAGAAGGUUUUAACAAAAGAGAAGCGUCGCAAGCGCCGCGUGUCUGAGGAUGAAGAGCCAGCGUCUGAUGGAGAGCAAGCAGCGCCGCCGCGCGCUAAGAAGUCCAGGAGAACGGCGGGUGCUCAAGGCGAGGAUCCUUACACGUUUUCAUCAGAUGAAGAGGCGGAGCCAGUACUGCGGGCCGCGCGCUCCUCACAGCCAGAGCCCACGCAACGAUCCACCAGGUCUUCACAGAAGACUAUUGAUACUAACAGAUUAUCUCAAUUCAAAUCAGCGUUACACCAGCUGUUCAAAGAGGAGCGAGCGAACUCUCUACCUUUAUCCCGCGUGACGUCAUUCGUCAAUGACAAGUACUCGCACGAGACGUUCGAUGAUGCUGAGAUACUGGCCGCGCUAGACAAGAUGACACAGGACAACCAGGUGAUGAUGGCCGAUGAUAUCGUCUUCUUGAUCUAAAGGAUAUGUAUGUUACCAGAGACCAACCAUGGCCAGAUUUUUACGUAGUAACUAUAAGAAUGGAGGCUGUAUUUUUGUUCACCUGAUGGUGCUAGUAUGAACCCCUCGUUCUUCGUAUUAGGUAGAGUUCCAUCAUUCGACGUUCAAUUCUUGACAGCUAGUGAUUAGACAAAAAUACUUUACUAGAUUAACGCCAUCAUAACGCCCCGUUCAGAACAUACAGUUCUAUUUUCUCAUUGUUUUAUUACAGUUAUUGCCAUCAUCCGUUUUAAUCAUGUCUACUUUGCUGUAAGUAAACAUAAGAAUUAGCAAAGGUAUUUGUAUUAAACUGUCAAACACCAAGCGGUCACCGGUGACCGCAACCUAUUGUUCUAUAAUUGUGUCUGUAUCCACGGUACUCGACGAGUUAAUAUUUAAAUGAGAACUUACACAUACGCAAACUUACGUUCAAGCCACGUCAUUAUCUGGUCAUCAUUCGUGCUGGAUUAUACUAGGAGAUGUAAGAUCUGUAGCUAAACUCGCUAGUGGUAUAAACCUUAGAAUUGUUAAGUUUAUGAUGCGCACGCGCAGGCGCAGGUGGUGUUGUUAACAAUAAUGUUUGAACUGUUUUGUUUCAAUUUGUGGACAUUUUCCCUCAGUUUUUGAUUCAAAUUUAUAA